UGUAGCUACGUAUCAGAGGGUAUACAGCUAUGUAAUCAACCCUAUGAAUGGGCCAGACAUGUGGGAAACAGACCCUGAGCCGGCUAAUAUCAUACUCCCACCAUCCCCAGUACAUAAGAAGAAGAGGGGCAGAAUACCAACGGCCAGGAAAAAAGAGGCGGAGGAACUAGAGAAACAAAGGGUUGAAAAAGCCAAGGAAGCCGCUGCAGGUAGGGAAAAGUUGCCAAGGAAAGGAAAUAUGAGAAUGACGUGCAGUUUAUGUGGUCAAUAUGGACACAAUAAGAGGGGUUGCCUAAAGAGGAGUGGGGGUCAGUCAACUCAUGAGGUUGGUGGUCCGUCAGCUGAAAGAGUGCCUGGUGGUCAGUCUGUUGAAAGAGAGCCUGGUGGUCAGUCUGCUGAACGAGAACCUGUGCUUCAUGACUCUCCAGUCACCCUCCGCUGGAUGAUGGAUGGUACAAGUCAAGUCGUUCAUAGGUCACCGAGUAGACGUGACACCUUUCCAUUUGUGGAUCAAGCAGUUCCGGCGGAACCUCCGCUUACUGACCAAGGCCAACCAGACCAGAACCACCCAGGUGAUGCAGAAGAGAAUGCCUUCAACAGCCAACGGAGCAGUGUUGACGAUGGAGCUCCGUCCCAACCUAUCCCGACGCAAGCUGAAAAAGGAAAAGGGAAGCGGAGAGCUAAAGAUGUUCCCUCUAGAUACAUGAACAUCCUGAGGAAGAGAUCCAAAAAAACGUAGUGCUGGAACAUGGAUUAGUGGUAGUUAUUUUGCUAAUUAUUAUUGUGGUGCACAUAGGCAGUAUUUUGAACCAUGCUUUUGAUUGUUUUGAGCCACAAUGUUGUGGUUGUUUUA